AUGGCACCAAAGCGUGCGCCCCGUCCAAAAGGAGACCAAGACCCCAACGACACCACCGCUGACGCCCAGGAACGCGUUCAAGCGAUCGCCGCCAUCACGACAAACUGGGGCCAAGCUUUCUCCUCCAUGCAACACUGGAUGCACGACAACACUUGGCUGAAGGGCGAGACAGAAAAAUUGUCGGAACAGACCUGCGAGAUGGACACUAUACGCGCAUUCCGGACUCUGUCACAGAGCACUCGGAACUGGGGCCAACAAGUCAAAGACCAAAUCCAACAGUAUUACCUGCUAAGAUGGAACAACCCGACGAAGAAGACGCCCAUAGGGACUACAAAGGAAGAGAAAGAGAAGAAUCUGCGCGAGGACUUAGCCAAACUACGUGCGGGGAGGUUUAUACCGGAAGCGAAUUGGAAAGAGAACAAGACGAAGAGACCGCGAGUGGGAGAGAUUGGUGGGAAGAAGGCGAAGCCAAAGAAGAAGUCGAAAAAGGACGUUAGUAGGGAAGAGCGAGACGAAGACGAAGAAGAGGACGAGCCUCACCCACCACCCAAUCCUAAGCCCGCGACCAAACCAGCCAACACUGGAGCGGUAAAUGAGAUCAGGCGAAGACUAAGAUCGCAUGGAAAUAAUGUUGCAGAGGGAGGAGCAGCGCAGACAGAAAAGCAAAAGAACAAUGUGAACCAAGCAGACGACGACGCCGCCGGAAGCGAGCUACUCCAAGCCAAAUCGAUACAUACACCAGAAGACAAAGACAUGGCACUCAUCCGCAUACACAAAAAUUGGGACAUCGUCUCACUGCACCGCGACUUCCCAGCUAUGCUACGCGGAGCUGAUCCCAAUGCCGCAAACGACAAUGGCAUUGAAGAUGUCAUCAUUGAGCUCCUUCGCGACUUGUCCAUUGUUUCUGCUACCAAAGAGCAAGCAAAUGAGAUCAGGGCGGAGUUGCAGAGACGCUUUGAUGAGAUGGAGGGGUAUGAUCUGAAGGCCGUUCACUCAGCCAUCACUGUUACUGCCCAGGGCUACUACGAGGCGGCGGAGGCAGCGAAGGAGCUGUCAGAGCAGGGCAGCCAGAUUACUGAUGUGGAUGAGCAGGUCCCCCGGUCGGAGAUAAGUCAUGAAGACGGGCAAGGCCCACGGCCAGAGGUAGCGCGGCCAGAGGCAGCACCACCAGCGGCACGACCAGACAGACACCGACAUUACGCCGCACGAAGUAAUGAAGCAUCGCUCGAAAUGCAAGAAGCUUGGGACGCGGUAGUAGUCGCCGAAGCGGCGGUCAAAGUAGCGCAAGACAAGCGUGUCCGCGCUGCUCUUCGGAGCGAAACUGAAUACCAACAAGCAACCCGCCAGUUGAGAGUUUCUGAGGCGCAACUUCGGGCUGCUGAGGAAUAUGCGCGGGCGAGAAGUCUCGGUAGACCACAGAAAGUGGGUGAGACGGUUGGGCCGGGUGGGGAUGAGCGCACGCGGAGACGGAGUGGUGAUGGCGGAGAUGUAGUGGAAGAGCGAGAGCAGAACCGAGAAGGUGGAGCUGGGGAGGGUGGAGACGACGAAGCGGGCGCUAGGGAAGGAGAAGGUAAUGGAGAAGGUGAUGAGAACGGAGGGGCAACCUAG